AGAGACUCACCAGUUAAUUCCAUUUUUCUUACUUGUUUGUAUUUCAUUGCAUUAAUAACGUAAUCAGUAGUUCUAAAUUCCUGACAGAUGUGUGAAUCAUCUGUAGUAUUGAAACCUUACAUGCUACACUGUAGCAUAUAGCAUGCCUGUUAAGGAUUUCAAUUCCUGACUUUAGUAUCCCUCUCUUGUAGUUAUGAAACAGUAGCGUCCAUUUUGGGGCCUUCCAGCUCCGUUCCAGCUGAAGGGGCAAACCAGGCCCUUUCAUCCUCUGUGGAAACAGAGAUCCACUUAGGUAGUACCUCUACCACUCUCCCAGAUCCCUCUCCCCUCAUUCCGGAUGCAAUCUCUGUGGAGUCAGCUCACCGUGAAGGCUUGGUUCAAACCAAUAUAGCCAUUGAUCUUCCCACAACUGCUGAACCCUAUAUGUGGACUCUAGCAGGAGAUCGAUCUGAGUCUCCAUCACCAACCACAUACAGUGAUGAUGGUUUUGUUGGAGCAGUAGGCCCGGGUAGUAUGAAGAAAUGGCCCCCACUAACUGCGGCUGACCUUUCAGAGAUCUCAAAAGAAGACUUUGGUGUAGCAAAGGAAGAGGAGACUUCGGCUGGCUCGUGGGAUCAUGUAGGAGAGAAACCAGCAGUCACAGGGCAGGAUUUGAGACAGAUGUCAGGUUGUGUUGAAGGUUUGGUAGCAGAGAGGCCAUUAGAGAAUUUGAAGGAUGAAAUGGGAGCAGAACUAUCAGCUUCUCUGGACAAAGGCCCCCAACACACAAGCACAGAGGCCUCUCCUAAUGCCACUCAGCCCUCCACAGACAAGUCACUGGUAGAGACGUCUUCAGUGCCAAGAGAAAUGAUCUCAGACAAAUCAUCUGAAGACCAGGUCCUCUCAAUUGAACCACACGCAGACGUUGUACGCCCUCAGCGAGGCAGGAAGCCACAACGGGAUGUUCCUCCAGAACUUCCACUGAAAGCCAGUGAUCAAGGUGAAAUGACUGCAAAUCCUACUACAACGAUGGUUCCACUGCGUCCUUUGAGGAGGAAGGACAGCCUCACUCCGGAUCGCAACACAAAUCCUCACGGUGCAUCACUCGAUGUGGUUCCUCCUCUCCGUACAAAGAACAGAGACGCCAGUCUUCCUCCCGAGCCUCAACAGAGUGCUGAUGCACAAAUUGGUGCCGCUGGCCAGUCAGUCCGUGCACAGUCAACUACUGAGUUGGUCCUUCCUCCCAGGAUGAGGAAAAGAGAUGGCAGUCUCCCUCUAGAGACAGGAAGUGCUGUAGCUCAAGCCAACACCAAGGUGGUCCCAUCCCGGCCGGUGAGGAGACGGGACAGCGGUAGAGACUCAACACAGAGAGAUGACUCUCUCGUCCCUCCUUGUCGUGUAAAGAAAAGAGAUGGCAGUGUUCCUUCGGAAGCCCCACAGAAAGCUGAUGAAUCUGUGCUGCCAUCCUCAGACCCACCACACAGGCCUCUGAGGAGAAAAGAUAGCCUGACACCGGAGCCUCCCAAACAGAAAGCGGAUGAACCAGGAAGUUUAACUUCCCAGGAGAACACCAUCGCUGACACUGUUCCGGCCCAUGGCGUAACGGCUUCCAAAGUCUCCAGCUGUCCUGAGCCUCCUCAGGAGAUGAACAAACCUGUCCAAGUAGCCAUGGGUCUGAUUCCACCCAAGCCUCCCAGGAGGAGGGUGAGUCUCACCCCUGAACCUUCUCAGAAAGCCCAUCUCGAAGACAACAAGACAUCUGAGGCGGGAACAGAGCUUGUUCCUCCUGUGCGCUCAAGGAGAGCAUCAAAGGCCACUCCUGAACCAACACAGAGACCUGAUGACCUGGAAGAUAUCUCAAAUGGCCGGUCUGCCGCAGAGGAAGUUCCCACCACAUGUGAAACAAAGACACAAGAUGAUCUCCCUAUUGAGCCUGUCCAAACAGAGACAGACAGUGAUUCAGGGGUUGGGGAGACUGCCCCACUCUCAAUCAUCAGAAUGAUAGGCCCAUCAAGGUGCAAGAAAACCCAAGGUCCUUCAGCAAAAUCAAGAGAAUCAGAUGGUGCUGAAGAGGCCACAACUGUAGAAGCUCUGAAUGCUGAGUCCACAGCUCCUGUCCAUAUAAAUAACCCGCUCAGGGACUCUCAAGUAAAACAGUCUCAGACUUCUACCGAAAUGGCUACCACUGAGACAGUUGAAGAUGAGCCAACUGUGGCCUCAGCAGAAGACGCUGCCUCGCGUGUAAAGAUGGAGGUCGAACAGCUCCUACCAGUCCCGAUGCCUCGAGUGAAGAAGCGCCUCAGUGGCACUUUCCCCAACGAUGAUUUCCCACCUCUAGACGUCACCUCUCCCGUUCUGUCUGAUGCCUCUACGACCGCUGAUGAAGCCACCAGGCCCCCCAGGGAGAGGGGACGCUCACCUGCAACCUCAGCCUCCAGAGGGCUGGAUCCCCCUCAACAUGGCGACAGGAGCAGCAGCCUCCCUCCAUUGUCCCCUGGAGACCCUUCGACACCCGACGAGCUGGUUGUACCCCUACGCAGGAAAAGGAGCAGGGUCCAGAUUGAUGGCAGUGAGAGUGCACACCCGGCAGGUGGACCAGCGGGUCUUCCUGUUCCAAAACCAAGGGGAAGGAAACGUCUGAGUGGAUCUUUCCCUGACGACUUCAAUGCUCCCAGCCCCCUAUCUUUAUGUCCGCUAGACUCAACAUCAAAAAUGUCAGACCAGGAUAGGACACUGGGGGAUGAACCUUACCCCUCUCUCUCCCCUGUGCCCUGUCCUAGGACAAGCCUUAAGUCCUUCUCUGAUUUGAUUCCUCCAUUGGAUUCUCCCAUCUCUACUCAAAGUGAUGCACCUGAGAGCAAGCUAACCCCGCCUCAGAAGGAUGAAGAACCAACCAGUCAGGAAGUCAUGAGUUCAGCGUCAAUGGAGACGAGUACUGAGGCGUCUGAUGACGGGUUUGUUACAGUACAAGUCCCAUCGGGGUUGAAACAGGAAGUAGACCCACAGGAUGUUGCCGAAGAACAAGCGGACGCCACCAUUUCUCCGACAACAGACUCAGUUGAAGUCACGGCCGGUAAGAGGGCACUAGAGGAGAGCACAGAGAGCUGGACCUUUGCAGAUACUGAGAGCUUUGUUACUGAGGACAGUGAAAAAGAUGAGGCCGUCCCAGAAACAACAUCUGCCUCCACUCCUGCCUCGGGACAGGAGGACUGGCUGCAUGUAGACGGAGCCAGAGAGCCAGAACAGACCGACACAGACUCAAGUAAAGAAAUGGGGGUUGAAGAAGAGGUGGACUUUGGCUUUAUGUCAAUAGCAGUAGCUACCAGUGACUUAGAGGAGAAAGGGCAACAGGAUGCUUCCGAAGAGUCCUCGGGUCUUGCUGCGCCAUUGCCUGGUCAGAUGUCAACACCACAGCGUCAAGACAGUGCUGCUACCUCAGAUGCACUGGAGUUCAGCCCUGGCCUGGUCACCUCCAGCCAGUCUCUGCUGGAGUGGUGCCAGGAAGUCACCCAGGGUCAUAAGGGGGUCAAGAUCACCAACUUCAGCACGUCCUGGAGGAAUGGUCUGGCCUUCUGCGCAAUCCUCCACCACUUCCACUCGGACAAGAUAGACUUUGAAAUGCUUGACCCAUAUGACAUCAAGCGCAACAACAAGAAGGCCUUCGAUGGCUUUGCCGAGGUGGGCAUCUCUCGGCUGAUGGAGCCCUCGGACAUGGUUCUCCUGGCGGUGCCUGACCGCCUUAUCGUGAUGACCUACCUCAACCAGAUCCGCACGUAUUUCAUGGGCCAGGAGCUGAGCGUCCUCCACAUCGAGAAGAACAGCAGCGAGUCGAGCUACGCCGUGGCCGGAGAGAGCCGGCAGGGCGUCGACACAGAGGCGGCCACCCGCUACUACGCCCAGAAGCUCCAGGAGGAGGGGAUAACCCUGGACACCAAUGGGAGUCCUGCGGCAGAGGAUGAAGCAGAUUCUAAGACCAAUAGGGACAUGGUCCCGCCUCCCAGAACUAAACGAGCAGCAGGUGCAGGGAGUGCCCAGGCCCCAGUGGCACCACCUCGCACUCACUUCCUGUCCAAGUCUGGAUUCUCCCAUGUAAAGGACGCAGACCUAGUGAAGAAACGACGGUCUCAGAGGAGAAGUAGUUCUCCAGAGGAGUGUGAUCCCGCAGAGGCUGCGUCGGGUCAAGAGGAGAGUGCUGGUGCUAUGAGAAAAUCAGAGACAGAAGGCAAAGAGCUGGGGGCAUCUGGUGAGGAGACCAGAAUGGCAGAGGAUGGCCAGGACUCCAGCGAGUACGUCCUGAGCGAAAUGUCGGCUCUGGAGGCGGAACAGAAGCACAUCGACAGCAGAGCAGACGUGGUGGAGAGGAAACUCAGGCGACUGAUGGAGACAGGCAGUGACAAGGUGGACGAGGAGAGGUUAAUCCAGGAGUGGUUCACGCUGGUCAACAAGAAAAACGCCCUCAUCAGGAGGCAGGACCACCUUCAGCUACUGCUGGAGGAGCAGGACCUGGAGAGGAAGUUUGAGAUGCUAAACAAAGAACUGCGAGACAUGAUGGCUGUGGAGGAGUGGCAGAAGACGCAGGCCCACCAGCACAGGGAGCAGCUGCUGCUGCAGGAGCUGGUGUCCCUGGUCAACCAGAGAGACGAGCUGCUUCACGACAUCGACGCCAAGGAGAGAGGGGCUCUGGAGGAGGAUGAGAGACUGGAGAGAGGCCUUGAGCAGAGGAGGAUGAAGUACGCAGACAAGCGCAAGGAGAAGUGUGUGGUGCAGUGAUUCCACUGGUGUCAGCAAUGGGAAUGGUCCCCUGGUCCACUCCUUGUGUGUGUGUGUGUGUGUGUGUGUUUAGGUUAUCUAGUGAUGCCAGAAUGGAGUACAACUGACACUCCAAGAGCAUAUGACUGUAGCAGCAUGUGCAGGUAUUGUUACUGUAUAAUGAGCAAUACUUACUGUUCUGAGGAAAUAUACUUACUGUUCUGAGACAAAACAUGCUCACUUGCUCAUGUGGUUGAAUCCCCUUUUGAAGCCUGUCUCUGACUGUUGAUCAAUCACUUGACACUAUUUGAGUUUGUGUGUGUGGAUUUAAUAUUUUCUGAAGUGUCUGUUGUUACAUACUCUUUAUUGUGAAUGCAUGAAGUGUGAGUGUGUGUGAGUGUGUGAGUACACUACAAUAAGAUGGGGUUACAUAAUCUAUGACUGAAUAGAGUUGGUUCAAACAGGCAAAUGAGGCCCGGUCACCUUACUGAAGUAUAAGAACUAUUACAGUAUGCUGACUGAGGUAUUCAACUGAAACAUUUUACACUGAAUGUAAUGGCAAGGGUAUUACAGUCCUAAUGUGCCAAAUAUACCAAAGAAUUACUCACAUGAGUAGAUAAUUUCCCUUGAGAAAGACAAGGACACAUGUGCCUAAGGAAUGCUAUAGGUUUCAAGAUUUUUUACAGUAUGUCGAACUGUGCAGACAGUAGGAGAUACUUGGUGAAAUGGGAAAAAAGGCAGUUACAAAAGUCAGCCAAGCGGAAAAAAAUGCAUUUAAUUUAUUGGUUUUAUUUAUCGAUAUUCCCCAGAUAUCUUGCAUUUAAACCUGUCCUUGUAUUGUGUAACUUAAACAGGUCAUAACAAAAGUUAUGAUGCAGUAUGAAUAAGAAACACUAUACACUCUAAAUGUUACAGUGUAUAGUGUAAAUGUCCAAUGUUACUAAUAUGCCACUGUGGUAUAAAAAACCUUUAACCAGAAUAGAAGAGGUUUAUCAUUACGGAAAUAUCAAUACUUCUGAAUUUCUACAGUAUUUUAAUACUGGAUAAAAUAACAUUAUCAGUUCCUAACAUUAAAUGCAGUUUCAUUUUGAGGAACAAUAAAACAGUAUGAGAAAUAAUGGUCAGAGGAACUUGAUACUUCUUAGCUAGUUGAGGCAUAUUCUGUGAGACGUAAUGUUGUUUUGGUUUUAGAUUGUUUGAAGUUAUUUCCCAGCCUGUAUACUCAGCUCUGUUACUCUUAUUACUGUGGUAAUGUUUAUCACUCCCAGGGUGUGUUUGAGUGUGUGUGAGUUUGAGUUUGUUAACUGCCUUUUGGGGGAAAGUUGUAAUUGUUUUAUUGUUGAAUUUGCACUAUUUGUAAAGUUUGGAAAAUAAAGAGAAUAAUUUGUGACUUA